AUGAUUUCCAACGUCUGGGAUAAGUCUGCGCGGGCGCAUAGGGGCCAAGAAACUGAGCUCCUCCCACAGACAGAGCAAGACGGUCGCGAUCAGCAUGAGGACAGUGUUGAAAAGGAAAAAUCCCAAGCUUCGGGUUCGAGGAGAAAUAGGGACAAAAUCAAAUGCCUUGAUGGCCUUCGUGGUAUUGCCUGUCUCAUUGUCUUCAACUACCAUUUCUUCUGGCCAUGGACACCUUUCAUCAUGUUGGGCUACGGCGCAAUGCCCCCCGGAGCACCUGAACCGUAUGUGGGAUGGCAUCAACUGCCCAUCAUCUGCCUGUUGCAUCGCGGACGUCCCAUGGUUGCCAUUUUCUUUGCUAUUUCAGGCUUUGUUCUCUGUCGUCAUAUUUUGCGCGCCAUCCACGAACGCCGCGUCGAUGCUGCGUACAAGAGUCUCGCGUCCUCAGUCUUGAGACGUGUAUUCCGUCUAUACAUCCCCCCUACCAUUAGUAUGUUCUUGGUAGCGUUGUUGGCCCAGAUUGGUGCCUUCAAGUCCGAGAAGGCCAUCUACAAAGGCCCUGAUUCGGCGUACAUCAACGCCACCGUUACCUAUGCCUACCCUCAACUUGAGCAACCAUGUGCCAACGGAACUUUUGAAGCUGCCGGUGCCAAAGAUGUUGCCAAAUACUUGCAUUUGCACACCCCCCUAACUCUAGGCAACAUCACCAACAUGACCGCAUCUACGGAUCAGCUAUGCCUGAACCGUACUUCGCAAUUGUUUAUGCCUGCAAUGCUAUACAGCUUUGUUGAUGAACUUGAAGCAUCGCUCAAAAAUGAAACGCAGCUGUCAAACAGUACCAAGAAAGCAGGAACUACUAAGCCGCAUGCUCGUCAAGAAAAGACUGGGGGCGGUGGCGGCCACCUAGAAAAGAUCUGGGGAAUGCACAGGUCAUCAUCCAGCGAACAUACAUCAAAGGAUAUUAGCGACGCCUUGGGGGCUAAAAACAGGACAAACACUCACAACAUCACUUGGGUUCAGAUGGGAGGGUCUUGGGAAGAGCACCCUCACAUUCACGAUAAUAUGACCUAUGCCAUCAAGAACUUCACAAGAGUAUAUGCCGAAUGGGCAAACCCCUUCAACUUCGCUCAUUAUCACACUCGCUACGACCCUCACACCUUCACAAUUCCAAUGGAGCUUAGGGGCUCCAUGUUCAUCUACCUUUUCCUGCUGGGCACCGCAGCUAUCAAGGCCAAGUGGAGACUGGGCAUUGGAAGCUUCCUCUCCGCUUACAGUCUGAUAUUCGGGCGGUGGGACAUGGCUGCGUUCAUGGGAGGCACAGUGUUAUCUGAGUUGGAUAUUCGACGAACCUCUAAUCCCGGCGAGGGUUCACUUGGAUACCCAGGCAGAAGCGACCCAAGAGCCGGUAAGGGUAAUCUCUCACGAUCGAUCCUUUCCGCAGCACCGACGCGCUGGGUCGUCAUAUUUGUUGCGCUUUACCUACUUUCAUACCCAGACACAUCGGCCGAGUGGACGCCAGGGUUCGUCUUCCUUUCGUCGCUGGUGCCGAGGUAUUACAUCCCCUUGUCAGGCUGGAUGUUUUACCAGUCGAUGGGAGCUAUUCUUCUUCUUCCCUGUAUCCUGCGCAGCCCGGUUCUUAUUCGCAUUCUCGAGGGGCGAUUUGCACAGUACUUGGGCAGGAUUAGCUUCUCUUUGUACCUCGUGCAUGGCCCAGUCUUGCACAGCCUGGGCUUCUGGAUUAUGCCGAGACUAUUUGAACAUUUCGGCCGAGCACAGGGUUACAUUAUCGGUUGGGUUAUCUUGAUGGCAGUAACUUUAUAUCUUACGAACUUGUGGAACAAGAAGAUAGACGCUUGGAGCACGACGGUCGGAAGAAGGGUUGAGAAAGCGCUGCUCGACACAGCCUAG